CAUUAUCUGGUCAAAACAUGUGCCCCUGAGCUGUGGCUACAAAUCCUGUAAGGAAUAUGCUCAGAGCACAUGGAAUACAGCGUACAGUCCAAGGCUGGCACCUCCCACACACAUGUUCAAGGUUCACACUGAGGAGCUGGCAACAAAGAGCUGUGAAUCCUGUAGGUUUCUUGCUCGCUUGUCAGAAAAGAACUUUCCUCAGAACUAGAAGUCUAAAAGGGGAAAAAACUAGCAGACAGAUGGAUAUGAUUCCCUGUGAUUUCUGCCUGGAGAAGCCUAACUCAGCUGUGAAGAGGUGCCUAACCUGUGAGGCAUCCCUGUGCCAGGCCCACCUCAGCAAGCAUGACUCUAAAGGCACCCAGAAAGGCCAUGUCUUAGUGGCCCUCAGCGCUGCUGAAGCCCAGGAGGAGAAGGCAAGGGCAGAACACACAGAGCAGUCGGAAGGCUUCUGCCAUGACAACACAGCCUUUCCUUGUGCCACAGGCUCUCAAGCGAAGGAUGACUAUGAGAAGCAGCAGGCAAUUCUCUCCCUGAUUAUGAAAUCAAUGCAGGAAAAUAAUACCGCCAUGAACAAAGUUCUCCAGCAGCUCCAAAAAAGUGCUGAUCAAAUAAAGAGCAAUAAAAAAACAUUGACAGACCAGCUGUCAAAAGUCUUCCAAGAGAUCAAAACUCAGGUGGAUCAAAAAGAGAAGCAGAUCAUCAGUGAUAUCCAAUCCAAUGAGAAAAAGCAGUUGGCGAAGAUUGUUGUCCUGCAAAAGCAAAUGGAAGAAAAAAAGGAUGCAGCUCUCCAGAACCUUCAAGAGCUACAGGCACUGAGAGAGCAAACGGAUGCUCAGCUAUUCUUCCAGGGUUUUCAGCUGCUUCAGGAGAGGGUUAAGAAAGAGAAUUUCAGCACUGACAGUGUGGAAGUCUUAACAGUGCAUCUGGAUCAAUCUGACAUUCAAAUUGUUCGAAACCACACAGCAGUUUAUAUCUCCAACCUAGACACACUGAUGCAAGUGGUACAUGGAAAAAUCAUUAACCAAACACAAUGGAGCAGGGUAAUUCCAGCUGCAGAAUUCUCUCUGGAAGAUGUGAUUUGUGAAGUUUUCCCAUCACCACCGCCACCGCCAUCUGAGAAUAGAUCCUGAAUAAACCCAGGUGCUGAAAAUCAGAAAUAGGAAACAAGAUCUCUCUUGGAUUAUCUCUCUUUCUCUCCAGAAACUAGAAGACAUUAAAUAGGAAUUUUAUCGGACCUCGACCUCUUACUAAAUGUUCUCUUCUCAAAAUUUUUCUCUUGGAGCUGUCAUUUUUGAGAAGGAGAUAUAAACAAAGACUUUAAGAAGUGUGUUGGAAGCACCACAUGUUUUUUAAUAACUGCCUUGAUAUUAAAGGAACACAACAGGCUGUUCCCCAUAGCUAAGCAACGUUCAUUUAGCAAGUCUAUCCAAUAAUACAAUUGCCUAUAAAAAGUGCAUAUGAUUCCAGAAGAGAUCCAGCUGGAAAUGAAUGGUAGAAGAUGCCUAAUACAAUUAUAUGAUGUCUUAGAACAAACAUACACACAGAUUGCUGUUGGGUUCCUAUUUAGGUGAAAAUGGCAUAGUAAAUAUGCCACCUGCUAUAUGAUUGGCGGUGCUCUCCUUCUGUGUUGAUCUGGAGAUGGCAGGAUGUUAAGAAUUGCAAUCAAGUCUUGUUUCCCUUACUCUGUUAUUUUGAUAUAUGUACUAAGAAUGAAGCUUUAAAACAUGGAACAAUGCUUGUAAACAGCUAUUCAUAAUUUUUGUGUCAGACUGUCAAAACAUUUUUUUCAAAGGAUUCUACACUCUGGGCUAAUGUGCUCUACAACCCCCCUUAAAUGCUGUCUCACCGCCCUCUCUGUAAGCAGUUAUUUUGCGUCAAAUAUAGCUGUGUUAAUUUGUUUGACAACAUAAACUGAAAAAAGUG